UAUAAGUGCCUCGAAAAUUUCGCGCUAUACGGUACACCACAAAGUUGCCUCAAAAUGGCUGUCUAGUCUUGUAGGAGCCAUUGAUCAACAUCGUAGGAUUGGACAAGGAUACUUUUGAGAGGCGGAAAACCAGCCCAACAGGAUGGCUCCUAAGCAAAGACAAGGCAGCAAGGCUGAAAGCUGCUGCAACAAAUGUUGUGAGGCAGUGUGUCGCAUGUCACCAUGGAAUCAACUCAUCUGUUGGUGUAUGAUUGCACUAUGUGUCGUAGGUGCGUUGCUGCUAAUAGGAGGAGGGUUCGCAGUGGUGCCUGAUGCAGCAAUGACCAAAGCAAUGUGUGGCCCGGGAUCCGUGAAUGGAACCAGUGUGGAAGACCCUACCGUACCUCUUCUCGGAGUGAAUGCUUACGGCUGGUAUCUAGCGAGCACAGGGGUCGUUGUGAUUGUGAUGAUAGUCUUCAACUGUCUAUGUUGUGGUAGUUUCGUUGGCCUCUGUUGUGGGCUGUCGUUGAACAACUGCUGCAAAAUAUUUCUCGUCACUGGAUUCAUACUGUUCACUCUGAUGCUGCUCGUCUAUAUGGUCUGGAUUGGUGGAGGCACAUACCUGAUGAUUACGAUGACUCCGAGUGCCCUUCUCACUGAUGUCUGUCGUGGACUGGUGGUCUACGUUUUACUGUUGUACAUGUACCUGGUAGUACUCUUAUCCGUCAUGAUUCUCGCUGUUGUCUGGGUCAUUCAUGGAAAGGCGAAAUCAGCAAAUUUCUCUAAACUCCAGACAGUGGAAAAAGGAAAAUUAAGGAAGUAGACAAUAAUAAUUUGUAGUUGGAUUAUUCGUCUCAAAACUUUCUUAGUACAAACAUUGAUCUAUUACAUUUUCGUAGAUAUAGAAAUCUAUUUUGUAGAGUGAUUAUUUUAAACCCAUUCUGACAUUAAUUUUGAUGUUUGUGAGUCAUCUGUUGUAUCUUAAGUCAAAAGGUUGAAUAAGAAUGUUAACUUUA